CAGCAGGCCCACCUCAGCUCUAACAAGCGAUGUAAACAUGUUCACUCCGGCCGCAUUAUGGGCGUCGCCUUGGGGGUCCCAUUCGGUUUAUGAUGAAUGGACAGAAAACGCGAUGACUACUUUAAUGCCAGUAGGUAUUGCCUCAAGCCCGACAAUGACCUCCGAUCUCUACAUGGAAAUUACUCGUGUCAUUUCUCGGUUGAUAGAAGGGAGCAUCACACAAAAUGAUUUGAUUGAGGCGCUCCAGCGAGUGGCGAGCCAGUUAAAGCAUUGGGAUUGAAUGCUGAGGUGUGCUGUUCGAGUUUGCUGAUAUGAGGAGGACAGCCAAAAGGGCUUCUAGUGUUCCUAGUCUCGAUUCCCGUUCUCUGGUAGUUUUUUUGAGUAUUCGACACCGGUUCAAGAUAAAGAAG